CAGGCUCCCAGCGCCCGCCGCCCGCGCCCGGCCCGGCGCCCCGGCCCUCCCGCGCUUCAUGGCUGCGCUGGAAUGGGACUGGUUCCAACGCGAGGAGCUCAUCGGACAGAUCAGCGACAUCCGAGUCCAGAACCUGCAAGUUGAGAGGGAAAAUGUGCAGAAGAGGACCUUCACUCGAUGGAUAAACCUACAUCUGGAGAAGUGCAACCCACCUCUAGAAGUUAAAGAUCUAUUCGUUGAUAUACAAGAUGGCAAAAUCCUCAUGGCUUUGUUAGAAGUCCUGUCUGGGAGAAAUCUGCUGCAUGAGUACAAGUCCUCGUCCCACCGUAUUUUUCGGUUAAACAACAUAGCGAAAGCACUUAAGUUUUUGGAAGAUAGCAAUGAAGCAACAGACGAUUUUGAGGAUUCAGAUAAAGAAGCCCCGAUUGAAUCCACCUUUGUCCGCAUCAAAGAAACGCCUUCUGAACAGGAGAGCACCGUCUUCUUUCUGACUGAAAAUGGGGAGCGUGCCUACACCAUUAACCAUGAAAGCAGCCACCCACCACCCUCCAAAGUCUUUGUCUGUGACAAACCUGAGAGCGUGAAGGAGUCCUGCCUGGGCGGCACUGUCAGCCAUCUGCUGUCAGACACCUCUGCCAAGAUCAUACACCAGAUCAUCGACCAGGUCCUCCAAGAGGUUCCAGAUAAGACCAACAGCAUCAGCGAGCCAUCUCCAGAAUCUUCCAUCUUAUCCAGAAAGGAAAACCGGAGGUCCAUCUCGCUGCCUAUCAAGAAAACUGUGCACUUCGAAGCUGACACCUACAAGGAUGCUUCCUGCAGUAAGGACACUUUCUACAGUCAAGACUUUGGCUUUGAAGAGAGCCCAAGAGGGACAAAGGAAUCAUUGAAGCAAGAGGGACACAUCUCGGCAGUGCAGGUUGCCGAGGAAAAGCCAAAACAGGAAGCCCCAAAGACCCCGGAAGUAGCCUCUGACGAGGCCGUACGUGAUGUUUCCGUGGCAGAUGGUAAGAUCGAUAAUUCUCAGACUUCCCAGAGUUCUCCCUCCUGGAAUGGGGCAUUGGAGAGGGCAGCCAGCCAGGGGGAAGAAAGUCAUCCCCUGUACCCCCUUGGAGAGGAUACUGUUAUGGCCGAUUCCUUGGAGAUCAAGGUAAAUCUGCUGACUGUAGAAGCUAUGGAUGAAGAAGACUAUUUCGAAGGCAUACCACUAAAAGCCUCUAAAUUUAACAGCGACCUAGUAGAUUUCGCCUCGACCAGCCAGGCUUUCAAUGAAGUACCUUCGCCUCCUGAGAAAAAACCUGCCGAGGAUGUGGCUCUGGAGGAGCAUGCUGAGAAACUGGGUAAAAGGAAAGGAAAGUCUGCCCACCGAAAGGAAGAUUCGGACGAGCCCCCAGUGAAACCUGGCGAGCACGAACCUCAUGUGGACCCUGAACAAGAAGAUCAGGGCUAUUGCCUGUCCCCAGAGGAGGCGCCGGUGGAUAAAAAGCCAGAGGUACAUGAAAAGGCCAAGCAAAAGUCCCCGCAUGGGAGACAUGGCGAGGAAAACGGGGAGGCGGAAGGCCCCCAGGGGCUUGGCAGGGAAUUGCCUUCCAACCCGCCAAGCAGCAGUGUCAGCAUGGAGACCCUUGGGAGCCACAGCGAUGACAGGCUGGAUUUCAAACCCUCCCCUCCCCUCUCCAAGAUUUCCGUCAUCCCCCACGACCUUUUCUAUUACCCGCAUUACGAGGUUCCCCUGGCCGCAGUUUUGGAGGCUUAUGCGGAAGGCACGGAGGAGGAUUUGAAAAACGAAGAGAUGGACUUCGAAGAGCCAGAGGGCUACUUGGGUGACCCGGGGCCCAGGGAGGAGGAGGAGGAGGAGGAGGGGGCGGCGGCGGCUGAGGCCUCUCACAGCAGCUGCAGCUUCUCAGGGCUGGGCAAGGACCUCCCACAAGCCACUGGUGAGGCGCCCUCUCUGGACAUGGGUGUGGAGGGUGCAAAGCCAGCCUCGGAACCCGCUCCCCCAGCUGCCCAAGAGGACCACCAGCAAAGGGAGGCUGAAGACAGUGCCCCUGGGGAGAACCACCAGUCCCAGGAACCCCCAACCUCGGAAAACUUAGCAAACCCUUUAGAAGAAAAGGUAAUGGAAGAAUCGACCAGCAGUAAAAAAAAGGAAAAAAGGAAACAUAUGGACCACGUAGAAAGUUCAGUAUUCAUAGCACCCGGAACUGUUCGAUCCUCAGAGGACCUAGAAGAAGACACUGGUGACAACAGAAUCCUUUCCAGGACUAGUCACAGUGACUUCAGCAUUUACAUUCGACGACAUUCUAAUAGGUCUUUGGAAUCGGAUCAUUUUAGCUAUGUUCAAUUGAGGAACGCAGCUGAUGUGGAUGAGAGAAGGAACCGAAUGUUAAGCAGGAAAGCCAACCACUCCGGAGAAGCCACACUGCCGGAGAGCCACAGCCUGCAGAACGACUCGCUGGCACAGUUCGUCCAGCAGCCGGACAUGAUGUAUUUUAUCCUCUUCCUCUGGCUCCUGGUGUAUUGCCUGCUGCUCUUCCCACAGCUGGACGUCAACAGACUCUGAAGCGUGUGUCUGCAUAAUAAAAAGACAGGGCCCUUGACGGGGUGGGGGUCUUUAUACUUCAUUUUAUUUCAGGUUCUGGAAAGGGCACCUCUGCAGACAGCUGGGGACCUACCAGGAAGCUUGGACUCCCCGCUUUGUUUUCAUGUUUCCUUUGCCUCCUGUGCGUCUAAGCAUGCUUUCUGUCCGGCUGUGUACUCAACACUCAGGGGUAUGCCGAAUCCUUGGGUGGGCUUUGUUCUCACGUGCCUUGCUUUGUCAGUUACUAGUAUUUAGCUGUAACCCGGGCCUUAGCCCGUCUCAUAUGCAGGUUUUUAAGGUCCAAGUUACUUAACCUCUCAGGUGAGGGUCCUCCUGAUGAGAAAGAAGGUGGAUGUCCCAGGCAGAGCCUCCACUGGGAAGGAAACUGCCACGUUUUUACCCAGGAGGGGAUGUUGGAGUAAAGGUGCCUGGUGUCCAUGCACCUGUGUGGUCUGGGGGACCUCUGAACAGCACACAGCUGCCAGCUCCAGGAAGGGGCAUCAGGAAUUGCAAAACGCACGGAGGAGCGUGAAGGCUGUGUCAUGAGCUGCAGUGCACUCUUUUUCACCCUAGUUUUUUGUUUUUGUUUUAUCUUUGUUUUUUAAAGAUUUUAUUGGGGAAUUGGGGAAGGGGAAC